UUCAUACUUUUCCUCUCUGUGCUUUAAUAGAUAUGCCAUUUGCAGAACUCAGUCAAUUGAUCAGUGAUGCACAAUAUGCAAACUAAACUUACCCCAAAGAUUAACAUCUAAAAAUCUUGAAUUUUUCUUUGAUGAUUAGACUAUAUCUACCCUGUGAAGUAAUGACUUUAUCUUCACCUACCUCCUAGUACUAAUCAACCUUUCCGACCAUGAAUUUUUCCCAAAUUCAGUUGACUAAGCUAACAAUUUCUUUUUUAGGAAGAAGUUGCAGGGACAGUAGCUAACUUGAUUUGAGUUCAAAGGUUUAACAGUCAACAGUCGGUUAGUCACCCAAAAAAACUAAUGUAUCUGUAAUAUGUUUAUGUCAUCCCACAUAAUGUCAUUGCUUACACCUUUGAUUAAUCCAAUAUAGUAUCCGUACUACUCAUGAACAGUGCGUUGGCUGCUGCUUGGCUUUUUCCUCCAUUAACACCUCCACUUGAACAAUGUAAAAUUUUCUCAUUAUUUUGAUAAUGUAAGAAGAUUGUUGAUACAUUGAAUGGCUGCUUAAUAUUGAUGUUUGUGAUUAAUUAAUUAUAGUUUAACCAAUAAUUUAUUCAAGUUCAGACUUUGAUGCUGUGAUACGCUAACACUCAGGAUUAUUAUAAUAUGAUGUUCGGUAAAUUCUCCACCUAUAUAUCCGUCCCCUCCAGUGCAAAUAAUCCUCAAGCAGAUCUUCUGUCAUUUCGGAAGAUGGCGAUGUCAGGUAUUGAAGGAGACAAAUAUCGUUCUUAUUUGCAGGGAGAAGGAGAGCAGAAUACCAAAUGGAGAUAUGGGUCUCCUCCAAAUUAUGCUGUUGUGAACAAGCUCUUCGAAGAUGAAAGAACCAAGGUAUGGCCUCCUGGAUCACUAGAAGAAAAGGUGCAGAACCUUGUAAAGACAUGGGAAAUGGAGCUUUUCCACAAGUCAUCCCUCGAUGAUUUCAAAUCAAUGGAUGUAAAGAAAUUUGUAUUUGGCUUAAAUGGUCGGAAACCUUUAAACAUGAUGGACAUAAAGAAGCUUGGAGGAGGCUAUAACCCACACUUGCAAACUUCCCUUCCUGAGGAAUUCAGGUGUUACGAUCCUGAUAGGGAAACAGCAGAAUCAUCUCACAGGGCGUUCAUAACAACGUUUCCAAGAGGCUUUGCCUUGGAGGUUCUUAAGGUUUAUACAGGACCUCCAGAGAUUGUCUACAAGUUCAGGCACUGGGGUUACAAUGAAGGUCCUUUCAAGGGGCACGCCCCUACAGGAGAAUUGAUAGAGUUAUAUGGAAUUGCCAUCUUUGAGGUGGAUGAAGAGAUGAAAAUUGUGAAAGUGGAGUUCUUUUACGAUCGUGGAGAACUGCUUGGAGGUCUCGUGAAAGGUGCCACCAUGGAUAGUUCUGGAUUGGAGGCAGCUUCAAGCUGUCCUAUACUUAGGAACACAGGCUAGAAUCUUUUGCAGAAUUCUACAACUUUAAUAAAUACCCUUUUGGGGUUGCUCUUUGUCCGUUAGAAUAAAAUACUAUCAGCAAAUUGCAGGUUUAGUUUUGUGCAACAUUUCUUCUUUCAACCUCCUCAGGUUCCAAUAUU